AUAAAACCUCGGGAGCUCCAGUGCUCCUCACAUAGCCAGCAUCUUCUCUCUUCACUCACCCUUCCUGGUGCUUUGGGCUUCCCUCCCUCCUUAGACAAGAUGUCUCACCAGAAAAAGCAACCCACUCCCCAGCCCCCAGUGGGCUGCGGGAAGAUCUCCGGCGGUGGCGGCGGUGGCGGCGGCGGCGGCGGCGGCAGCGGCGGCAGCGGAGGCGGCUCUGGCGGCUGCGGUUUCUAUAGCGGCGGCGGCGGCGGAGGCGGUGGCUCUGGCGGCUGCGGCGGCGGCAGUGGCGGCAGUUCCGGAGGGAACAUCAAGUACUCCGGCGGCGGCUCCUCCAGCUGCGGCGGCGGCUCCUCCGGCGGCGGCAGCGGCUGCUACUCCAGCGGCGGCGGCUCCUCUGGGGGCAGCAGUGGCUUCUACUCCGGCGGCGGCGGCGGCGGCGGCAGCUCGGGCCAGCAGGUGCAGUGCCAGAGCUACGGAGGCAUUUCUAGCGGCGGUUCCUCCGGGGGCGACUCCAGCUGUGGCGGCGGCUAUUCCGGCGGCGGCGGCUCCUCCGGCGGCGGCUCCAGCUGCGGGGGCGGUUACUCCGGCGGCGGCGGCUCCAGCUGCGGCGGGGGCUCCUCUGGCGGCGGCCCCGGCUACUUCUCGUCGCAGCAAUCCACCCAGACCUCCUGCGCGCCCCAGCCGAGCUACGGAGGAGUGUCGUCUGGCUGCAGCGGCUCCUCCGGGGGCGGCAGCGGCUGCUUUUCCAGCGGCGGGGGCGGCGGGGGCUCCGGCUGCGGCGGCGGCUCCUCCGGAGGUGGCAGCGGCUGCUUCUCCAGCGGUGGGGGCUCCUCCGGGGGCGACGGCGGCUGCUUCUCCAGCGGUGGGGGCUCCUCCGGGGGUGGCUCCGGGAGUGGCAAGGGCGUCCCGGUCUACCACCAGACCCAGCAGAAGCAGGCACCCACCUGGCCAAGCAAAUAAGGCCCCCUUGGACGCCAAGGAGGCGAAGGAGAUGGAGGUGUUCUCCGUGGGCGCCGAUGGGCUUAGCGCUCUCAUGAUAUUGCCCUGAAGUUUCCGUUUUCUUUAUGUCUUAACUCACCUGGAAGAAGCCAUUGAGCUCUCAGGCUGCAUCUUGUUCUGCAGUUUUUCUCCUUGGUUUCUGUACAACUGCCUCCCAAUCCCAGUGCCUCCUCAGUCAAUAAAUUUGCAAUUCAUGAGAAUA